CGUCCUUGAAUUCACCUAAGCAAAAACAGAGAAGAGAAUCAAUUUUUCCCAUCUUCCUUCACAUGUGUGGAUGAAAUUUCAAUAAGAAUAAAAUGAACAGAAAUUCAUUUGAACGCAAACGCUACAGAGGGUUUAGUUAUUGAGCGGCAUUUGUUGGAAAUAGUCGAAAAUAUUCAGACGUUUGAUAUUCAGUGAGCAAACAAACAAUACGGAAGAAGAGCAAAAUGUUUACUGUCGAUAGAUGUUGUUGUUGCGCUCUAGAGACUGGAGGUCUUAUAUUGGGCUGGUUCUAUGGAAUUCUGUAUUUGAUUGGGACGGUUGUGUCUCCUCUUGGUUUUGUCGGGAUUUUCCUCGUAAACUGCAAAGAGUUAAGAGAGGCAAUUGAAAAGGAUGUUGGAUCAUUCGACUAUAGCUGUGGAGCAAUUAAAGGAGUUGUUGCUGUAUUUACUUUGAUCACUCUUGCCAUCUGCAUCGGGUGUCUUUAUUGCAGCUAUUUACUUGUCACUGGAGUCAAAAAACGCGAUGCUUCUCGUGUUAAGCCUAUGAUGGUCCUAAUGGCAAUUGCUUCAAUAUGCGCUUUCCUUGGCCUCUUAAAUUUCCGAAAGGAAACAGCCUUGUCUUCCAUCUUCGGUGGAGUCUUGUACGGAUAUUUCUUCGUAGUUCUUUUCUCAUUGGCUGAAAUGUUUAGAAGUGAAAGAGAACGUGGAUUCAAUUCACAAUAUCAUGCCCCUGGGGCUAAAGUCUAAGUGUCUUGAUGUGCUGAAUUUAACAUCGAAAUAUUUUUCAUAGUUAUGUAAUAACUAAUGUGUGAAAUCCUAAUAAUUGUGUGUCUAAGAAUAUAAAUAUUAUAACCAAAGCCAAAUGUGCAUUUAAUGCAAACUUAAGAAGUUUAAUCCUUUAACGUUACAUUCAAUCUGAAACCUCAAAUUCAAUUUUCCUAGUGAAAUCUUGACCAACAGCAUUUGAUUGCAAUUAGAAGUUUUUGAGAGCUUUUGCUCGUUUUUAAUUUCCAUCAAAAGCUCAAGUGAACAAAAUAGGGAACUAAACAGGAAUCUUUACAAUAAAUUAUUAAUUAUAGCUUCUGAAUCUUCAAAUAUUCCACAAUAAGAAAUGUGUCAACUUAAACAGAUACUUUGAUAAAUAUUUUCAAUCUAUAUACCUACAUUAUCCAAAUAAUAAACUAUAAUUUGUUCCUUAUUGCAUCAUCAUAAGAAUCCUAGAAAUCAUUUAGAAAUCUCAAAUAAUUCUUUCAAAGAGAUAUUUUCAAUAAUAUUAAAUUCCCGAAAGCAAACUUACGCCAAUAAGAAUUACAUUCAUAAUUCUUUUAAGUUAAAGAUCAUAUUUAAUAUGCAGUGCUUAUAUUUGUAUGUUUUGUAAGAAAACGCCUUUUACAGAACGUAUCUAACGUUUUAAUGUAUUUAAUAAAUGGUAUCUGAUAAA